AGGAAGGAAACAUGGUGGUGGGAAAAGAAAAACGGAAUAGAGAAGAAUAAGGGUCAGAUUCGGUAGUAGAUUUCGUCAACUUCAUUUGUUUCGGUUUUGUUGUGUCCGUGCGUCACUUUUUCAAUUCGCGGUCUGCCUUAUCAUCAGUACACACACCACGCUAUUGCUUCAGUGGCUCGACACUGCCACCAAACCAAAACCCGUUACUGUCAAAUUCUUUAUAUGCAUUCAUGUCCUCACUCAUCUUACCUUACAGCUACACUCACCGUUACUCCAGUUUCCCGUUCAAAUUGAACCACUUCUCUCCCCGAACCGUGACGGUUCGCGCGGUGGUUUCAGUUCCGGAAAAGCGGGGCAGGAAGAAGAAGCAGCCGAAGGAUGACCAGAGCACGGUCGAGAACGGGCUCCGGUUCAGUUUCAUGGAGGAGCUCAUGGACCGGGCCCGGAACCGCGACUCAAACGGCGUGUCGGAAGUCAUAUACGACAUGAUCGCCGCGGGCCUCAGCCCUGGCCCUCGGUCAUUUCAUGGAUUGGUAGUGUCGCACGCCCUCAACGGCCACGAAGAAGCCGCGAUGGAAUCGUUGAGAAGAGAGUUGGCUGCAGGGCUUCGACCGGUUCACGAGACAUUCAUGGCAUUGGUAAGGUUAUUUGGGUCUAAAGGUCGCGCCAUUAGAGGUCUCGAAAUACUUGGAGAUAUGCAAGACCUAAAUUAUGAUAUUCGCCAAGCUUGGAUUGUUCUUAUUGAUGAGCUUGUUCGGAGCAAGCAUUUGGAAGGUGCCAACGAAGUGUUCUUCAAGGGUGCCGAUAUUGGCCUCAAGGCUACUGAUGAGGUUUAUGAUCUACUGAUCCAAGAAGACUGCAAAGCUGGGGACCAUUCUAAUGCGCUAGACAUUGCCUAUGAGAUGGAGGCAGCAGGAAGGAUGGCAACCACAUUUCAUUUCAAUUGCCUCCUCAGUGUGCAGGCUACCUGCGGAAUACCUGAAAUAGCUUUUGCAACGUUUGAGAACAUGGAAUAUGGAGAAGAUUAUAUGAAGCCCGAUACAGAUACAUAUAAUUGGGUUAUUCAAGCAUAUACUAGAGCUGAAUCUUAUGACAGAGUACAAGAUGUUGCUGAGUUACUCGGCAUGAUGGUUGAAGCUCACAAGCGUAUACAGCCAAAUGUGAAGACCCAUGCCCUGUUAGUGGAGUGUUUUACGAAGUACUGUGUGGUACGAGAAGCUAUUAGGCAUUUUCGUGCCCUUAAAAACUUUGAAGGGGGUACAAAAGUUCUACAUGAUGAAGGGAAUCAUGGAGAUCCACUUUCUUUGUACCUUCGAGCGUUAUGUCGGGAAGGAAGAAUUGUUGAAAUGCUUGAAGCUUUAGAAGUUAUGGCCAAAGAUAACCAGCCAAUCCCUUCACGAGCAAUGAUCUUGAGCAGAAAAUACCGGACAUUAGUAAGCUCAUGGAUUGAACCAUUACAAGAAGAGGCUGAACUUGGAUAUGAGAUUGAUUAUAUUGCUAGAUAUAUUGAGGAGGGUGGCCUAACUGGCGAGCGCAAGCGGUGGGUACCUCGAAGAGGUAAAACACCUCUAGAUCCUGAUGCUCAAGGAUUUAUAUAUUCAAACCCAAUGGAGACCUCCUUCAAACAAAGAUGCCUGGAGGACUUGAGGGAUUACAAUAAAAAGCUCCUGAAGACCUUGCAGAUUGAAGGACUUGCAGUUUUAGGGGAUGGUGUAUCUGAAUAUGAUUAUAUUAGAGUGAAGGAAAGACUAAAGAAACUCAUAAAGGGGCCUGAACAGAAUUCUUUAAAGCCUAAGGCUGCUAGUAAAAUGCUUGUGUCUGAAUUGAAGGAAGAACUAGAAGCACAAGACUUGCCUACUGAUGGAACUAGAAAUAUUCUUUACCAACGGGUACAGAAAGCAAGGAGAAUAAAUCGAUCUCGUGGUAGGCCCCUUUGGAUUCCUCCAGUGGAAGAGGAGGAAGAAGAGGUGGAUGAAGAGCUGGAUGCAUUGAUUUCGCGUAUACAGCUACAGGAAGGAAAUACAGAGUUCUGGAGACGUCGCUUUUUAGGUGAAGGCUUAACUGUUGAUCAAGAAAUGACAGUGGAUGCAGGUAAAUCAGACGUCUCUGAAGUAGCAGAUGACAUUGAUGCAAUAGAAGAUGCUGCUAAAGAUGUUGAAGAUGAUGAAGUCGACGAGGAGGAGGAGGAAGCAGAACAAGUAGAAGAGGAAGUAGAACCAGCAGAGAACCAAGACGUAGACAGGAUAAAAGUCAAGGAAGUUGAAGCUAAGAAGCCUCUUCAAAUGAUUGGAGUCCAGUUGUUUAAAGAUUCUGAUCAACCUGUCACUAGAUCUAAAAAGUUUAGAAAAUCCAGAUUGCAGGCAGCGGAUGAUGAUGAUGAUGAUUGGUUUCCACUGGACGUAUUUGAGGCAUUUAAGGAAAUGAGGAAGCGAAAAAUUUUUGAUGUGUCAGACAUGUACACAUUAGCAGAUGCUUGGGGAUGGACAUGGGAGAGAGAACUGAAGAACAAACCUCCUCGUAGAUGGUCACAGGAAUGGGAAGUUGAGUUGGCAAUCAAAGUUAUGCAGAAGGUCAUAGAAUUGGGAGGGACACCAACUAUCGGGGAUUGUGCCAUAAUCUUGCGUGCAGCUAUAAGGGCGCCUCUACCCUCAGCUUUCUUAACAAUUUUGCAAACAACUCAUGGACUUGGUUAUAAGUUUGGGAGUUCUCUUUAUGAUGAGAUAAUCUCUCUCUGCAUUGAUCUCGGGGAACUAGAUGCAGCUGUUGCUGUAGUUGCAGAUUUGGAAACCACAGGGAUCUUGGUCUCGGAUCAGACUUUGGAUAGGGUGAUUUCUGCCAAGCAGAGGAUUGACAAUACCUCCAAUGGUGUCAUCACGGAUGAAGGAUUGUAAAACUAUACCUCCAUACUGUAAUGGCUGUUAUGCUUGGGACUGGUAUAACUACCCGUUGUGGUUUGAUGUAUCAUCAUUGCACAGAUGUGCAAAUUUUGUGCUUAGCCUAAUGUAUGCAUAGUAUCAGGCCUUGAAGAUGCUUAACUGGUAAGCAUUAUUAGUUCUCUCUAGUUUUUUAUUUCACCAUAAUCUAUUAUUUUGAACAGGGUGUUUUGUAAAUGAAGCAACGGCAGGCUCCCACCGUUGCAGGGACAUUGUCUUUUUAUUCCACUAACACGAAAUGACGCUGUUGGAAAUUUAACGUCACCAACAACCAAUAAUUCGGGAUUCCGCGGGGGAUAAUGUGUGUUGACAAGAUCAGGUUCACUUCAUUGGCCGAUUCCCCCUUCCAUUCAGCAAAAAAACUUCAUUGGUUUAUUGGUACUAGUAGAUUUCAUGUAAAAUAGUAUACAAAAAUUUUAAUAUCAUUUGUUCAAGAAAUUAAUGACUUGUAUGGGGGCAUCAAUUAUAGUUAUUAGUUAGGCACACGAAAUAACAUUAAAUACUUUUAUUCUUUUAAUCCAGAGGAAGAGAUUCUAGUUGGCAAUGGAAAUUACACCUGCUCAGAUUUGCAAAUGUAACGGCCAAACGAGGUAUAAAUGAAAUUUUGCAAUCUAGUUGGCAUUCCACGAAUAGUUAUUCGAAUAAGAGGAUCUUGUUACUAGCAA